AAGAAGAUGACUUUUGCACACCUGUGGGACACCAUAAAGAAGCAUAAAGAAGAUGACUUUUGCACACCUGUGGGACACCAUUUCGCACAACCAGACCACACUAUGGAAGACCUCAAUAUUUUAGCUCUUGAAGGAAAUUUCAAAACUAUUCAGGAAAGGAAAACGUUUGAACUAAGAAUGAUAAUUCUAUUUGACACAAGAGAUAACGGCCUUAAUUUGGACAUGGGAUUCCUCACUCAUUAUCCAACAGUUUUACGACCCCCCCUGUGAAUGUUGUCCCCCCCCAGUCUUUGCUUUUGCUGUGUCUUAUCUCUAGUCUAAUCCUAUUCUUAUAA